AUGACUGAAGCUGAAUUGGCCAUCGAAGAGAAGUUGCGUAAGAAGCGUGAAGAACAAGAGCAGAUAUGGCAAGAGUAUCUGGACAUGCGCGAGAAGCAGCGCACGAAAGAAGAGGAUGAUCUAAGGAAGUUAAAAGAGCGCCAGCAACGGCGCAAGGCGCAACGCGCCGAGCAGGAGCGUUUGAUGCAAGAGAUGCGUCGCAAACAGGAAGAGACUCGUCAGCGCGAACUCGAAGAGAGGCGCCGUAAGGAGGCUGAGGCCAAACGAAAGCGACUUGAGGACGCUGAAAAGAAACGACUUGUCAUGCAAGAGGCCAUCAGGCGACGUGAUGAGGAGGCAAAGCGUAACUUUAUUGUUCCAAAACGAACCGCAGACGCCGCCCAAUCUGGUCCAAUGAUAAUUGGAAUGCGCGAUGUGAUGAAAACUAAGGAACAGUUGGCGGACGAUAAGAGGAUCGCCAUGAAGUAUCGGCUAAAGCCAUUGAAUAUUGGAGAGGGCUUAAGAACGGCCGAAAUAAAGAAGAUUGUCAAUGAUUUGUGGUCCAACAUAAUGCAGCUUGAGAGUGAUAAAUAUGAUUUGGAAGAGGAACAACGCCGUCAAGAGUACCAUUUAAAGGAAUUGAUGGAAAGACAAAAGCAAAUUAAUAAAAACAAGUCCCUGAAAAUGGGUCUUGACAUUGAGGAUAUGUCUAGCAAUGUGCCGCCAAAGUUCCCAAGUGGGGACCCAUCGGCACCUCGAAAGGAUAUUUACGAGCCAGGUGCGGUUAUAUAUGAGGAAAGCGAUGAAGAAGAUACUGAGUUGGUAGACAAGCUUCGCGGUUAUGUUGAGGAGGCCAAACAAGAGAGAAGAAACUCCCAACAAAAACAACAAGAUUUGUUGAGAAGGCGAAGCAGCCAGAUGUCACAGUCGUCACAGUCUUCACCGGCUUACCGAAGUCAGCCACAACAACAGCGCAGACAGCAAGACGAUGAAGAGGAAGAAUAUGAGGAAGAGUAUGAGGAGGAAGAGUACACGGAUGAAGAGGUAGAAGAGUAG